AUGUCUAAGAAGGUUAUUAAUAAUACCCAGAAGCUUCCAAUGAGCGAUGAUUUCGAAGACUACUGUUAUUCUCCGGAGUUAGGCUCUAUUCGGCGACCGGAGAUUGUUAAUGUCUACUCUCGCCGUAAGAGGCGGCGGCGAGAGUCGGCAAUGGAUAGGGACGAGGAUAUGGAGAGAAGAGAUGGGAUUGUUAAAUAUGGAGAUGGAGAUGGCGAGAAGUUAACUCUUCAUCGUGAAAUGAUCAAAUUUUUCAUUUCUCGUGAAGAGAUGGAGCUGCUAAAUCUCAAGUUUGGUACCAAUGAUUAUAAUGAGAUGGUUGCAUUGGCUGCUUCUUUUGAGGGGUGCCAAGAUUUUGAGCCUAGAGACAUCAUAUGGGCGAAACUAACUGGUCAUGCUAUGUGGCCAGCAAUUGUUGUGGAUGAAUCUGUAGUAAAGCGCAAAGGUCUAAACAACAAGGCAUCUGGAGGAAAUUCUAUCCUUGUACAGUUUUUCGGCACUCAUGAUUUUGCUAGAAUACAAGUCAAGCAAGCAAUCUCGUUUCUUCAAGGGCUUCUCUCACAGUCUCCUCUGAAGUGCAAGCAACCUCGGUACCUAAAAGAGUUUAAGCUUCCUAGAAGGAUGGAUCAACUUCAAAAAGUUGCUGAUACUGAUUGUUCGGAAAGGACUAAUAGUGGAGAAGAGGACAGCUCAAACUCUGGUGAGGAUUACUCAAAAGAUGGAGAAGUCUGGUUGCGACCAGUAGAACUUGGAGAUUGUUUGCAUACAAUAGGAGAUCUGCAAAUAAUAAAUCUUGGAAGGAUUGUGACAGACUCUGAAUUUUUCAAGGAUAGUCAUCAUACUUGGCCUGAAGGGUAUACAGCUAUGAGAAAGUUCAUAUCACUAAAAGAUCCUGGUGCAUCUGCCAUGUACAAGAUGGAAGUGCUAAGGGAUGCCGAGUCAAAGACGCGCCCUGUUUUCAGAGUAACGACUAACAGUGGUGAGCAGUUGAUAUUUGGACAGUUUAAAGGGGACACUCCAUCUGCCUGCUGGAGUAAAAUAUAUAAUAGGAUAAAAAAGAUACAGAGUGCUUCUGAUGGUCCUGAUGUUUUGGGUGAAGGACUACAUGAAUCUGGUACAGAUAUGUUUGGCUUCUCCAACCCAGAAGUUGUUAAACUUGUACAGGGGCUAUUACAAUCCAGACCAACUUCCAAAACUUCUCAGCGCAAAUAUAGUUCGGGAAAGUAUCAAGAUCAUCCUACUGGUUACCGACCUGUACGGGUUGACUGGAAAGAUCUUGAUAAGUGCAAUGUCUGCCACAUGGAUGAGGAAUAUGAGAACAAUUUGUUUCUGCAAUGUGAUAAAUGUAGAAUGAUGGUCCAUACUAGAUGCUAUGGGCAGCUGGAACCUCGUGAUGGCGUUCUGUGGUUGUGUAACUUGUGUCGUCCUGGCGCUCUUGAUAUUCCUCCACGAUGUUGUCUUUGUCCUGUAGUUGGUGGCGCUAUGAAGCCGACAACUGAUGGGCGCUGGGCUCAUCUGGCUUGUGCCAUAUGGAUCCCAGAAACAUGCCUAUUGGAUGUCAAGAAGAUGGAACCCAUUGAUGGGGUUAAUAAAGUCAAUAAGGAUCGUUGGAAGUUAUUGUGCAGCAUCUGUGGGGUAUCUUAUGGAGCUUGUAUCCAAUGUUCAAACAGUUCUUGUCGGGUGGCAUAUCAUCCACUAUGUGCACGAGCUGCUGGUCUCUGUGUUGAGCUUGCGGAUGAGGAUAGGCUUUUUCUUUUAUCAAUGGAGGAUGAUGAAGCAGAUCAGUGCAUCCGCUUACUUUCAUUUUGCAAGAAGCAUCGACAAACAGCAAAUGACCACCUAGAAACAGAGUACAUGAUCAAACCUGCUCAUAAUAUUGCCGAGUAUCUUCCACCUCCUAAUCCAUCUGGCUGUGCUCGUACUGAGCCUUAUAAUUGUCUUGGAAGAAGAGGACGAAAGGAACCUGAAGCUCUUGCUGGUGCUUCUUCAAAACGAUUAUUUGUUGAGAAUCAGCCGUAUAUUGUUGGUGGUUACUCUCGACAUGAUUUUUCAACCUACGAACGCAUUUAUGGAUCAAAGGUGUUACAGAUAAUUGCUCCAAGCAAUAUUCUAUCUAUGGUUGAGAAAUAUAGAUACAUGAAGGAAACAUACAGGAAGAGAUUAGCAUUCGGAAAAUCAGGAAUUCAUGGUUUUGGGAUCUUUGCAAAGCUUCCGCACAGGGCAGGAGAUAUGGUGAUUGAAUACACUGGUGAACUUGUUAGGCCCCCAAUAGCUGACAAGAGAGAACAUCUUAUAUACAACUCAAUGGUGGGUGCUGGGACCUACAUGUUUAGAAUUGAUAAUGAGCGGGUCAUAGACGCAACAAGGACAGGAAGCAUUGCCCAUCUGAUUAAUCACUCAUGUGAGCCAAAUUGCUAUUCAAGAGUCAUUAGUGUUAAUGGUGAUGAGCAUAUCAUCAUAUUUGCUAAGAGGGAUGUCGCAAAGUGGGAGGAGCUGACCUAUGAUUAUAGGUUCCUUUCAAUUGAUGAGCGCCUAUCAUGUUACUGUGGCUUCCCACGGUGCCGGGGUGUUGUUAAUGACACAGAAGCGGAAGAACAACAGGCAAAUAUUCAUGCUUCUCGCUGUGAGUUGAAAGAGUGGACAGAGACUUGA